GGCGCCACGUGGGCCGCGCCUGCGCAUUUGUAAGGGCAAGCCGAGGAAGAUGGCGGCAAUGCAGCAGGGGGAGGGGGAUCCCCUUUUCGAUGUGAGGAACAGUUUCUACAUCGGCAGCUAUCAGCAGUGUAUAAACGAGGCGCAAAAACUCAAGCUCUCUAAUCCUGAGAAAGAAAUUGAGCGUGAUCUUUUCCUUUAUAGAGCUUAUAUUGCACAGCGAAAAUAUGGUGUGGUAUUGGAUGAUAUCAACAGGAGCUCCCCUGAAUUACAGGCUGUAAAAAUGUUUGCUGAAUAUUUGUCCAAUGAGGAUCAAAGAGAUGCCACCAUUUCCGAGUUGGAUAAGAAGAUGGCAAAGAAUGUUGAUGUUAGCAAUACAACGUUCUUGUUGAUGGCUGCCUCAAUCUACUUACAUGAACAAAAUACAGAUGCAGCUCUGCGUACAUUGCACCAAGGAGAAAGUCUGGAAUGCAUGGCCAUGUCAAUACAGAUCCUUUUGAAACUUGACCGGCUGGAUUUGGCUCGAAAAGAACUGAAGAAGAUGCAUGACCAAGAUGAAGAUGCUACCCUGACACAGUUGUCGACAGCCUGGGUGAACCUGGCUAUGGGUGGGGACAAGCUGCAGGAUGCCUUUUACAUUUUCCAAGAAAUGGCAGAUAAGUACACAGCAACCUUGUUGCUCCUGAAUGGACAAGCUGCUUGUCAGUUGGCACAAGGCAAGUGGGAUGAUGCAGAAGGAGUUCUGCAGGAAGCACUGGACAAGGACAGUAAUCAUCCAGAAACUCUCAUCAAUUUAAUCAUACUUUCUCAGCAUUUGGGCAAGGCUCCUGAGGUUAGUAACCGCUAUCUCUCACAGCUGAAGGAUGGGCACAGAGGUCACCCUUUUGUUAAAGAGUACAUAGCCAAGGAGCACGAAUUUGAUCGAUUGGUUUUGCAGUAUGCUCCAAGUGCAUGAGAAGAAGGGAAAUAAUAUCUAUGAAGAUGGAAUGAUCAGAAAUUAAUUUCUUGGACUGUUUAUCCUUGGAGCAACCCAACUCUGGAAGUACAUUUAAAACUAAUGUCCUAGGAUCUGAUACCUUGUAUAAAAGUUACUAGAGAGGAAUUAUCACUUUCUUUGAGACUCUACUGUUUAAUAUUAAAGACUGUAUCUGAA